AUGCCUUUCGCCUCCUCACCAGCAGCUGGGGUGGAAGAAGCAGCAGAGGCCACCUGCCUGCCCGCCUGCCUGCCUGCCUGCCGGUGGCUGCGGGGUCUCGGCACAGGGCAACUUUACUGUGCAAGCCUUGCGCUCUGCAGCCUGUAUCAGCCUGACCGACAGCAGGGCAGGGUCCAGUGCCUCUUGAAGGAAUUUCUGUUCAGCUACACUGGGUGCCAACCACCAGGUGUAGACAUCCAUUUCACAGCAGAGUUUGGUAUUGGGGACUUUAUGAAUGAAGCAAGCCAAAAAGGUCUUCAUCUGGCAGCUGGUUUUCACAAGAAUAGUUCAGAUAGUGGAAAAAUUUUCACCUGUCGUGAGAAAGCUCCAGAAGAAAAGGAUGCAAUUAAAGGACAGUAUGAAAAACUCAUGGAUGCUUACGGCUGCUUAGGAGAGCUUCAGCUUAAAUGUGGUAACACUCGGCUGCACUUUCUGGUCCUGGUGACAGGCUGUACGUCAGUGGGAAAAAUCCUGGACGCUGAAGUUUACAAAAUUACUGCAACAGAUUUCUGUCCUCUCCAGGAAGAAACCAAGGAAGAGGAGCGUGUUACUGCCUUGAAGAAAAUACUGAACUCUGGGAUGUUCUAUUUCUCCUGGCCUAAUGCAGGCUCAAACUUUGACCUGACUGUGCGGGCUCAGAAGCAGGGUGAUAACCACUAUGAAUCUGGUAACUCGUUCUUCUGGUUAGUACUGCGUGUUAUACCAAAGUCUUCUGUCAUCCCCACCUGUAUCUUAUUGGUCAAACGUUAUCAGAGGGAAAUGAACAUAUGCAUUUCAGGUGCACCUCCUUUAUUUCACCGUCAUGUCAUUUUGCAGGGCACGUGGCCUUAGUGAAUUCAUGGUAAACCUGGGUCAAACAAGUAACUUCUGUUUAAUUAAACAGAAUCUGAAAGUGAAAUGCAAUUCUAAUAACUAGACAUUUUGUGUUUUUAAGAAGGAAACACAAGAUGUAUUGCUCACACUA